AUGAAAGGGACAGGAUCUCGUCCCUUUUCCUUAUCUCUCUUGCUCUUCCUGCUCUCAUUUGCAUGCUGUCAAGGCUCGAAUGAGGGAGUGGCGGCAGACGAAAGCUUGCAGGAACAACCAGAAGAAGCAGAGCUGUGGGUUGAUCAUGACGACGUCCAUCUGCCGCGCAGGCAGAACCUCUCCAUCGAGAUUACAGAGCCCCAGGAUGGAGAGAUCCUUUGGACUGAAGGUCAGAAGCUACCAAGUCUGACGAUCCUGCUUGAGGUGCAUGGGGGAUUGAUCGACUUCGGAAGGCACCUCGCUCAGUGCGAUGGAGACAUCACGGUGAUGGUUCAGGGGAUCCCGGUAUGGCACUCAGAUGGAAGCGUCAACACGGCUACCAUAUGGGUGUGGUUCCUUCCAGUCACCAUGGAGAUGCACGAAGCUGGCGAACUGAGGAGGAUCCUACCACCGCAUUCGAUCCACGUGAAAGUAGAGGACGGGGCGUUCUUCAUGGAGAAAAUCUGCCGAUUCGACGUUGCGAGGACGCAUGGAUUAGACACUUGGUCACACAGAAACGCCUACCAGAAACUCUGGCCAGGACGAGGGAGAGCUGGCGUCAACUCACUGAGCGAAAUCAUCGAAAAGCUGAAGCAGGAGGUUCAGGGGCUGCAAGGAAAGAUUGAAGCGCGGAAACAGAGGGGGCAGGAUGCUGGACCCUCCCGUCAUGAGGGUAGACGUAUCGUGAGCCUUUCCUUGGAAGAAUGGCUGCAUGCACGAGAGCUGGGGUACCAGUGCUCAGCAUGCGAUAGAAUUUACGAGGCAGACCCCUCCCGUUUCCGCUUCCGUGUCAACCAAACCCUUGAGUGCGAUGUAUGUGAGGCCCAGAGAAUGUUGUUCGACUGGCAGUUUCCGGAAGAUUCAAACAAUACUUGCAGAGCCAGGAAGCUUCUAGUGCACAGCCUUGACGGAGCUGCCUGGUCUCUUCCCCGACAGGUCAUGUUCCUUGCCAUGUCCCUGGGCUUCGCGCAUGCCACUGACCGUAUCCUCGUGACGAAAAGCCGUGACGUGUGGAAUUAUGCUGGUAAGGACUGCUCUCAAGGAUGGCUGUGCUACUUUGAGAGGAUCUCGGCGUGCAAGGAGGAAGAUCAGUGGUCGUUCGUUACCCUUCCCCUCUCCGACCUCACAUCCAACGAGUCUCAAACUGUCGUAGUCUCUGACGUCAGUCGUCCCGGGCCCUUCUGUGCGACUUACCGUGUCUCUGGGCGAGACAUGGUUCGCUCAUGGAAGUUCGAGGCAAGAAGCCCCCCGCAGCUCGCCCACCGCAGCUUCUGCUGGUGGAUGGCGCAGCUCGUGGCUUUCAUCUUCGACCCGAGGGAAGAAGUGGUGGAGUUUCUUCGCAGCACAAGGGGAGCAAAGGGGAGCAGGGAAGCCUCAGGCUUCAAGGACGUUCGCGCCAUGCUGUGCCAUCGGUACUGCACGUUCGCAAAUGCCAAGAGCUUGAUCCGUGGGUUCGGGAAGGAGGAAGUCGUUGGACUGAGCGAUGAGGCCCGGAGGCGAGUGAACGUCACGGAUGAAGGCCUGCACGCAGUCUCCUCCCUGCUGCUCUCCUCCCCCAUGUCGGGGCUUCCCGCUGAGGACUCAGGAGGCUUGCUGCGGUCCGGGUGUGAGUGCGGAGAUGCUUACUUCGGCUACAUAUCGCAGGUGCUGCAAGACUUCAAGGAUAGCGAGUUCGACGAGGACUCUUGCCAGUUCGACCUUUUCCUAUGA